UUGUCCGACGCCUCGCACAAGGAGCUCAUGGCGCUGCAAAAGGCUGUCGCUGAUAUGCGCGAUGCGGUCGCGCGCGCGGCGUAUAAGGGACCGGAACCGGAUUUCGCGGCGAUGCGCAAGGAUACGAAGAUGCCGGAAAUCGUGGACGAGUUUGAGAAGGCGUACAAGGGCGUGACCAAGCCGGAUGCGAAGAGCCCGGAAAUCGAGGCUUUGCGAUCGUCGUUCGUGGAGAUCGAAGCCGAAGCGAAAGCGCACGCGGAGCACGCGACGAAGCGCAUUGCUGAACUCGAUCUCGAGCUCAAGGCCAUCGAAGAGCAACGCUCCAAGCUCGGGUCGAUCACCAUGGACGAAUACUUCCAAACCAAUCCGGAGCUGAAGAAGAAGAUUGACGACAGGAUCAAGAACGAUCAGUGGUUCGAGGUCUAA